AUGUUUAUAAACGCAACAUCCACCCCCGGGAGUGACGUACGCAUGUAAACAUUGUGACCCAAGUCAUGGCUGCCGUGUUGGUGAGGACUUUGUCAAAGUCUUGCAGACAGCUCACUCGGACGUGGGUUGGAUGCCAGCCAGGAUGGAGGAACAGGUCCACCAAGUCUGCCCUAGAUGUGGACUCAGUGCAGACGGCCGGGGUGGUGAACUUCCCUCCCCUGCAGUCAUUUUCAGAGGAGGAGAGCAUGAUGAGGGAAUCGGUGAAAAGGUAUGCACAAGAACGUAUCGCUCCCCUUGUGGCCAAGAUGGAUGAGCAAUCUAACAUGGAUGAAACAGUGAUCAAGUCUCUCUUUGAACAGGGUCUCAUGGGCAUCGAGAUCGACGUGGAGUACGGCGGCACCGGCUCAACGUUCUUCUCCUCCAUCCUGGUCAUCGAGGAGCUGGCGAAGGUGGACGCCUCCGUGGCUGUGCUGUGCGACAUCCAGAACACUUUGAUCAACACGCUCUUUGUGCAACUGGGAACUGCGGCUCAGAAGGAGAAGUACCUCAGCAGGUUGUCCACUGACAUGAUCGGCAGCUUUUGCCUGUCCGAGGCCGAGUCGGGCAGCGACGCCUUUGCGCUGAAGACGCGUGCGGAAAAGCACAAGGACUAUUACGUCAUCAACGGGUCCAAGAUGUGGAUCAGCAAUGCGGCGGAUGCCGGCGUGUUCCUGGUGAUGGCCAACGUGGACCCCUCGGCUGGUUACAGAGGCAUCACCUGCUUCAUCGUCGACCGGGAAACGGAGGGCCUGGAGAUCGGCAAAAAGGAAAACAAACUUGGGCUGCGCGCGUCCUCCACCUGCCCGCUUAACUUUGACAACGUCAAGGUGCCCGAGCAGAACAUCUUGGGGCAGCUCUGUCACGGGUACAAAUACGCUAUCGGAAUGCUGAAUGAGGGCAGAAUAGGAAUUGCAGCUCAGAUGCUGGGAGUAGCACAAGGUUGCUUUGACCAUACGGUUCCUUACACAAGACAGAGGAGGCAGUUUGGAAAACGGAUCUUCGACUUCCAGGGUAUGCAGCACCAGAUUGCCCACGUGGCGACGCAAAUCGAAGCCGCGCGCUUGCUGACGUACAACGCCGCUCGUCUGAAGGAAGCCGGCAGACCCUUCAUCAAGGAGGCCUGCAUGGCUAAAUACUUCGCGGCGGAGGUGGCAACCUUGACAACGUCCAAAUGCAUCGAAUGGAUGGGAGGGGUGGGCUUCACAAAAGACUACCCAAUAGAGAAAUACUACAGGGACUGUAAAAUUGGUACCAUCUACGAGGGCACGACAAACAUCCAGCUGUCCACUAUGGCCAAAUUCAUCGAUAAGGAGUUUGACGUUUAGAAUCAUAUCUAACUGUAGCCUGUCGGAUUGCACUACUAAGACUGCCAUGUUACACUCCCAACAUUCAUUACUGUGUGCGUCACGUGACUUUGCUGGAAAGGACGAUGCAGUGGUCUGUCCGCGUUACACUUUGCCACUUCUAGUGUCCCUCUUUGUGGUGCACUGUUGUCAAUUUGUAUGGAUUUUCCAAUUAUGAUCACUUGAUCAUGCAGAAAUGUACCACCAUAGCAAUUGAUUCUCUUCAUUUUAAUGUUUCAGUGCCUUUGCGCUGCCCCAAGCUCAUUAAAGUAAGUAGACUGUUA